CUCACAUAACCCAUCAUCAUCAUCAUCAUCUUCUUCUUCUUCAUCUUCUUAUUCUCUUCCAAAAAAGAAAAAAAAAUGUUGAACACUUUGGUGGGUUUCUUCAACAAAAUUUCACUAGAAGAAAUGUUAUCACUAGACCACAAAAAACCAACCAAUCACACCAAAGAAAUCAUAUACAGAGAUGAGUUGAGUAAGAAGAAGAACAAGAAACCAAAGAAUGGAAUAAGCAACUCUUAUUAUUCUUCCUUGGAGAUUAAAGAGCCCUUGAUCAAGAAAAACCCAUCCAAAGAAACCAUAUGUACUACAAUUACUACUACUAAGAGCCAGGUUUGUUCAGAAGAAGAGAACAAAGGAGUUGUGAGAGUGAAAGUUACCAUGACAAAACAAGAAGCUGCUAGGCUUUUAUCCAAGUGCAAAGAAGGAGGAAAGCUUGAGUUCAAGGAUGUUGCCCAAGAGCUUGAGAAAAUUCCAGUCAAUAGGGUUUCAGUUGAUCUUUCUCCACUCCCUACUUCUAGCUAUGGUGGAAGAAAAGUUCUUCAGAGUAUUCCUGAAGAGCUUUAGUUGUAAAGUAAUUAUGUUUAUGAGUAGGGUUCAAUUCAUAGUUCUGGUUUAGUUGACAAGUUUUCUGAUCUUGGGAAAAAUUUUGUUGUGGCUUUAGGGUUUGUUCUUUAUCUUUAUGAAACAUUUCACAGAUGAAGUUAUAUUUAUUGGUUUUUUUAGCACUUGGUUUUGAUCUUAGGAGAUUUUUUGUUGUGGUUUUUGUAUAAUGGGUUUGGUCUUAUCUUUAUCAAAUAUUUUGUUCAUCUAAACACAUAAUGAAAUGCAUAAUGUUUUGAUGA